AUGGGCAAAGGACAACGUACUCGUAAAGCUGCAGCUGAUGCUGUCUUAGCGGCUGCUAUGACACUGAAGAAACCGUCUGUGCUUGAACAGCCAACAACGAUUCAAGUGGUAACACCCAAGACGUCUUCUACUGUCAAUGUGCUUCAACCAUCUGCAAGUCCAAAGCCGUCACCACCUCACUCGGAAACAUCUGUAUCUUUAUCCGAUGAUUUGGAUGAAUACCGUGAUCUCACGUCAAAGGAACAGAUUGAGACGUUCAAAGCUCUUGAAGAUAUGGAUACGAUUAAAAUACAGCUGGAUGUUAUUUUAUCACGUCUUGUGGCAGCCUUUAGCUCCAAGAAUGAACGUCAUGCUGCUGCAAAUGAUAUUGUCACAGCUCUAGAAAUUGUUACAGUAGCUAGUCCUUUGGGCAUUCAUGUCCUUGACGAACUCAAGACAUUUCUUGUAGCAAAGCCAACGACUGCUCGAGAAGGUGCAUUGCUUGCUUUUAUUGCUCUGUGUAAGAGCAAGGAGCUUUCAUCAGUCAUGGAGCCUGUGGUUGUCGAGCAGCUGACGACUCUAAUGCAGCGUCACGCAGACUCGGAGCAUGUUGUGAAGAACGCAGCGGCAUUGCUGGCAAAGACAAUCGCACAGAAGAUCAAUCCACUAGCUAUUCACUCAGUUCUCAAGCAGAUCUAUAAGGCACUAGAGCUACGUCAGUGGCAGAGCAAGGUAGCUGCACUGAAUUUACUCAAGGUGCUUAGUGACACUGCAAGUGAGGAGGUAUCUGGUUGGCUGCCAGAGAUCAUUCCGAUCGUUACUAAGUACGUUUGGGACACAAAGAAGCAGGUUCAGACUGCGUCGAUCGACGCGUUGAUUGCCGUGUGUUCCAAGAUCAGUAAUGACGAUAUUGUGCCACUUGUGCCCACCCUCGUGGGCGUCAUUGCUCGUCCUGAAGAGACCAUGAAGGCUAUUGAUAGUCUUUUGGCGACCACUUUUGUGUCAAAUGUAGAUGCGCCAACGCUAUCUCUGAUUGCGCCACUGUUGCACAAGGCUCUGCGUGAUACAAGUAUUCACAGCUCAUCGCUCAAGCGAAAGGCAGCUAAGAUUAUUGACAGCAUGUGUCGCCUAGUGGUGCGUCCGUCCGAUGUGAUGCAGUUCGUCCCGCUGCUGCUUCCACAACUAGAAACUGCCAUUGACCGUUUGAUUGAUGAGGAGGUUGUUGAAUCUGCUAAGGAAGCUCGCGCUCACCUUGUGCACGCCGCGGGUGACGGCGAGGCUAUGGAGGAAGACCCUAUUGAAAUCCGCAAAAAGCUGGAAUCGAACAUUUUGACGGCAUUUAGCGAUACGCUUGACCGCCCAACGCAUCCUGGUCUGAACGACUUUACGCUGGAAUACGUUACUGAUGUUUGCACGGAGUUAGCGACACACAACCGUGGAUCGGAGUGGCGCACCAUUGUGAUGGCCUACCUGAUGCCGCACAUGCACGACAAAGAUGCCGAGCAUCUCUGUGACGCGCUGCGUGCUGCUGGUGGUGGCCUGGGUGUGGAGUGUGAGAAGUCGACGGACCCUAACGACGUGUGCGAUCUCGAUUUCUCGCUAGCAUACGGUGGCAAGAUUUUACUUCGUAACGCACGGCUCCGUCUAACUCGCGGCCAUCGCUAUGGUCUGAUUGGUAAGAAUGGUGUUGGCAAAACCACGCUGAUGCGUAAUCUAGCGACGGGUGCCAUUGAAGGUCUGCCGGAGACCCUGCGGUGUGUAUACGUGCAGCACGAGGACAUUGUGGAAAGCCAAGGAAGUCUGCUUAAGUCUAUGUGCAAGGCACCGGAACUGGCCCAUCAGACUCUUGAUGCUGUCGAGAAGACCUUGACUGCCAUUGGCUUCACCCAGAAGAUGCUGGAUGGCAAAAUUGAUGCGCUUUCUGGAGGUUGGCGCAUGAAGCUUGCCUUGGCUCGUGCCAUGCUAUACAAUGCAGACGUGCUGCUACUGGAUGAACCGACGAAUCACUUGGAUGUUCACGCUGUACAGUGGCUAGUAGAUUAUCUAAGAUCCCUUGAUACGAUGACGGUGCUGCUAGUGUCUCACGAUACUGGUUUCCUGGACAACGUGUGCACUGACAUUUUCCACUAUGAGUCAAAGAAGCUGGUGUUGUAUCCGAUGACUUUGUCUAAAUUUGUGGACAUUCACCCGGAGGCGAAGCACUAUUACGAGUUGAAGUCAUCCGACAUGGUAUUCAAUUUGCCGGAACCUGGUCGAUUGGAGGGCAUUAACUCCAUGACGCGUCGAAUUUUGACCCUUGACAACGCAACUUUUACGUACCCAGGUGGCGCCAAGCCUCAGCUUCAGAAUGUUUCUGUGAAGCUGUGCCUGGCUUCGCGAGUUGCUGUGAUUGGCGUUAACGGUGCUGGAAAGUCGACCCUCAUCAAGAUGAUUGUGCAAGAGACAUCGCCCGACACGGGCACAUUUUGGAAGCACCACGCCGUGCGUGUAGCAUACGUGGCCCAGCACUCGUUCCAUCACGUUGAGAAGCAUCUUGAGAGUAGUCCAGUGGAGUACUUUCAGUGGCGUUUUGGUGGCGAGAAUGGCAUUGAUCGUGAGCUUGGUGACCACGUUAAUCUCAAGCAGACAGAGGAGGAGAAGAAUUUAGUUGGCAAGAAGCAGGGUCAGGUGGAGAAGAUUGUAUCUCGUACCAAGGGUAAACGUGGUACAUUGGAGUACGAGUGUAAGCUCGUGGGCUUGACGGAGCGUCACAAUAAACGCUACACUCUUGAACAGCUUCAAGAAAUGGGUCUGGGUGCACUUGCUGAAGCAGAAGACAUUCGUCAAGCGACGCUUGCUGGUGGUCUCGAUCUUCGUCCACUUACGACAAAGGAGGUUCAGCGUCACUUGGACGACUUUGCUCUGCCCGCUGAAUUUGGCACCCAUGGCAAGAUUCGUGGUCUAUCAGGUGGACAAAAGGUGAAACUUGUGAUUGCUGCUGCCAUGUGGAACCGUCCGCACUUGUUGGUACUGGAUGAGCCGACAAAUUACUUGGAUCGUGCUGCGCUCGGUGCGUUAGCCGAUGGAAUUCGUCAAUAUGCUGGUGGUGUCAUUAUGAUUUCUCAUAGUGAAGAGUUUUACAAUUCCUUGUGUACGGAGAAAUGGUUGGUCGAAGCUGGUCAGUUGACAAUUAUUGGUGAAGCUCAGGAGAAAGAAUAUCGUGCUGGUGGUGGUCGGAAAGUGCUUGAAGACGAACCGGAAGACGAGACGAAAGCAGGCAGCAAUAUCAAUGCCAACAUGAAACGUACCAAGCUCACGAAUCCCAAGACACUGCGACCACUGAGUAAACAACAGAUUCGUAAACUCAGCAAGUUGUGUAAGACUGCAGGUGUCUCAUUUGAUGAUUUUGUUGAUGGGAUUACGCGUGAAAGUCCCGAGUGGAAAUGGCUGAUAAUAUCCGCAAACUUUGUGCAAUUGAAGUAA